AGGCAGUUAGUUGCUUUAGCGGAUCACUGUGUAUUAGUACGGUACGCAAGUCACCCGGUACAAAAGAAAAAUAUUAUUCAGCAAAUUUUCAGUGAUUUAGCGAUAGUUCGUGGAUUUUACAAUGAUGCAACUUGAGAAUGGUACCCUACAGCACUGUAGUGGACCAGCGGCACCAAGUCAAGUGUCGUCCUUCGAUCUAUUGGGAUCACAUUGCAGCUCAAUGUACGGCACUAGGUACGCCCCUCACACGCAGCUAUCACCUGCCAGCACAUCUUCAUGCGGCAGCGACGGUUACGCCGCCCAAGUAACGAUGGAAACAGCCAGGGCUACUCUGGAUUACAAUCCCUACACGGGCUCUUACAGGCAUCCGGUAUACAAAAACCUCUGGUUCCCCCAUUCGCCACCGACAUCCGACGCGGUGUCUAAUGGUUUCCAGCCUCAACCAAACCAGGCAUACCCACCAUGGCCUCACCAUCAGCCCACCUACAUGAGUACGUUUGGUGCGAUGAACAUGCUUAAACCUGGAGUGGCUGAGUUUUCCAGUAGGGGAAGACGAUGUAUCAAAUGUCAAUGUCCAAACUGUGCUGCCGAAGACAAUGGAAUUAAACAGCCUGCGGGCAAGAAAAUACAUAAUUGCCAUUAUCCAGGAUGUGGUAAGGAGUACGGAAAAACAUCCCACUUGCAGGCUCACCUAAGAUGGCAUACUGGAGAGAGGCCGUUUCCUUGUCACUGGAUUUUAUGUGGAAAAAGGUUUACUAGAUCUGAUGAAUUGCAGCGGCAUUUGAGGACACAUACUGGCGAAAACGAUUCGCUUGUUCUGUCUGCGGAAAAAAGAUUUAUGCGAUCAGACCAUCUCGCGAAGCAUGCCAAAACACAUUCGAAAAAAAAUGAGGAAGUUGCUAAACCAAAUGCAUCAGAUAAUUCUUGCAAUAAUGCCAACAAUCCCACGCAACCUGUGCAACAAGUACCUUCCAGAGAUGUUCCUGCGCAAGUUACUUCAAAUUAUUCAGUUCAAAUGAGCAAUAGUGGAUUAGGUGUUGCGAAUGUGAGCCAGAAUCUGAAUUAUACGCCUACGAUGGUUCCGGGUAUCACGCAAUAUUACAGUCUUCCCCCAAGCCAAAGUUAUCCCAUGGAAUAUGGGUAUUAAGUGCCUUUAUUAGUCGACUCUAUAGCCUGCCUCUCAAAACCAAAGAAAUAUAGAGGCCUCUCAAAUUAAAACAAAACAAUAAGUUGAAAAGAUUCAUUUAAAACUGUAUAUAAAUAUUUUUUUAAUAGAAAUACCUCUUGAAUGGACACUCAUGGACAAAACUGUAGAAUUUUUUAGGGUAUACUAUGUUACAGAUGCUACCAGCGAUGGCUACCCGUCUCAAGCCACCAUGGAGACAGCCAGAGUCACUAUGGAUUACAAUGUACGGCCUCAGAUAUGCUCCCCAUAUGCAGCUGUCAUCAGCUAGU